AAAUUUCACUGAGCAUCAGUAGCUCCCUAACGUGAUUUCUGCUAACAUCUCCUUCUUCCCAUCUUCCCGUUGCCCUAUAAAUCUCGAGCAUUCGGCCUACAGAUCUGGCAUCCACCCGUUUUUGUUUGUGAAAAGUGAGAAAAUGGCGGUUUUGAUCUCACUCUUGCUUGCUCUCUCCUCUGUGUUCUUCACUGGACCUGCUUUUGCAGGCACAUAUUUGGAAGGACUCCUCCCAAAUGGCAACUUUGAAGAGUCACCCAAGCCAACUGACCUCAAGAAAACAGUGAUCAAGGGAAAAUACUCACUACCCAAAUGGGAAAUCAAUGGCUCUGUUGAGUACAUUGCCGGUGGGCCUCAGCCUGGCGGAAUGUUCUUUGCUGUGGCACAUGGCGUCCACGCCGUGAGGCUUGGCAAUGAGGCUUCCAUUUCACAAACCAUACCAGUGAAGCCAGGCUCUCUAUAUGCACUAACCUUUGGGGCAUCAAGAACUUGUGCCCAAGAUGAGGUAUUGAGAGUCUCAGUUCCCCCCCAAACAGGGGACCUCCCCCUGCAGACACUCUAUGACAGCUUUGGAGGUGAUGUUUAUGCUUGGGGAUUCAGAGCCACUUCUAAUGAGGCCAAGGUGACUUUCCACAAUACUGGAGUCCAAGAGGAUCCUGCUUGUGGCCCGCUCUUGGAUGCAGUUGCUAUCAAGGAGCUCUUCCCUCCAAUGCCAACCAGAGAUAACUUGGUCAAGAACAGUGGAUUCGAGGAAGGUCCUCAUCUGUUGAUCAACUCUUCCACUGGUGUCCUCCUCCCUCCCAAACAGGAAGAUCUCACAUCCCCGCUGCCCGGUUGGAUCAUUGAGUCCCUCAAAGCUGUGAAGUUCAUAGACAAAAAGCACUUCAACGUCCCCUUCGGCCUUGCUGCAGUUGAACUCCUUGCAGGAAGAGAAAGCGCCAUUGCCCAGGUCCUUCGAACAGUUCCCAACAAGCUCUACAAUCUCACAUUCAGCAUAGGAGAUGGGAAGAAUGGUUGCCAUGGAGACAUGGUGAUCGAAGCAUUUGCAGCUAAAGACAGCUUCAAAGCUCCCUUCAAAUCCAGAGGAAAAGGAGAGUUCAAGACUGUAAGUUUCAAGUUCAAAGCCAUUGCAGCCAGGACCAGACUCACAUUCUUCAGCUCUUUCUACCACACCAGGAUUGAUGACUUUGGAUCGCUCUGUGGCCCUGUCCUCGAUCAAGUUAGGGUUUUCUCAAUCCGUAAGCCUUAAUUCUAUCUUCAUCAAACUACAUAGGGAUCCGUAAGAGAGUGAAUGGAUAUUUGAUCCCAGUUUUGUAACAUGUGUUGUACUUCUAUACUUGUCUGAACUAUUUGCAGUUUUAAUACUUACUAGUGGUAUGGCUUUGCCCUUUAAA